AGAGAGAAGAAAUUAAAGCAGGGAAGGGAAGGGAAGGGAAGGGAAGAGAACGAUGGGGUCAGUGGGUUCAUGGGAAGAGACGGUGAGAAAGGCAGAGAAGCUGGUCGAGGAAGCCAUGAAAGACAAUGAUGCAUCCCACGACGCAGCUCACGUCUGGAGGGUCAGAGACCUCGCUCUCUCUCUUGCCCGUGAAGAACAAGGCCUCUCCCUCCCCUCCUCCAAUUCCAAUACCAUGCAAAUUGUCGAACUUGCUGCACUUCUCCAUGAUAUAGGUGAUUAUAAGUAUUUGAGAGAUCCCUCAGAGGAAAAAAUUGUUGAAAACUUUCUUGAUGAGGAGGGCAUAGAAGAGAGUUCCAAAAUGAAGAUUUUAAGGAUCAUUAAGGGAAUGGGUUUCAAAGAUGAGCUGGCAGGGUCGGCAAAAAAUGAUCUUCCUCCAGAAUUUGGGGUUGUACAAGAUGCUGACCGUCUCGAUGCAAUUGGUGCUAUUGGAAUUGCUCGUUGCUUUACUUUUGGUGGAAGUAGAAACAGAGUGCUUCAUGAUCCUAAUAUUCAGGCACAAUCUGAUUUAUCUAAGGAAAAGUACGUGAACAAUGAUGAGCAGACUACUGUAAAUCACUUUCAUGAGAAGCUUCUUAAGCUAAAGGCAUUGAUGAAAACAAAGGCUGGGCAAAAGAGAGCUGAGAGAAGGCACAAGUUCAUGGAGGAGUUUCUUGCGGAGUUCUAUGAAGAGUGGGAUGGGAGAGCUUGAAUGAGGUAAGUUUACUCUCAGAUAAGUGAGAUGUAACUCUGUCGCACUUCAGAAUAAGGCAACAGAAUUAUAGCAUACAUGAUGCUAGCGAUGUUGAAUUUUCUGAUUAUGUUUGAACUUAUUGAUUUUGCUCCUGGAGCCAGCUUCAAGAUGCGGGAUAUAAUAUUCAAAACCUAUUGCUUGAAUUUAUGCAACUGUAUUACAAAA